AUGCGCAAAGUUGUGAUUUUGUUUCUUCUGUUAUUUGCCUUUUUGGCUGUGGCAGCUCUCUCGGUUGAUGGAGCUCUUAAUUCACAUGAAAGCGUUACUUUGGCUGUCAAAGGAAAAGGUAGUAAAAGUGGCAAAGGUAAAGGUGGCAAACGAGGAAAAGGCAAAGGAAAGGGAAAGAAAAGCAGAGGAAAGGAAAAGAAGGGUGGCAAGAAACGUCAUACCAGUAAAUGUAGUAACAAGGCAUGCGUUAUUCGUUGCAGCACUGGUCUCAUGAAAGAUCGUCGAGGAUGUCAAAUCUGCAAAUGCUGUCCUCCUGUUUGUAAAAUGUAUUGCUCCAAAGGAUUGGCCACUGGAAAGAAUGGCUGCAAGAUCUGUUCAUGCAAGAAAUAA